UUUCUCGGUUGCUAAGACAACAGUGGUCCGCUUCGCUAAGGAACGAUGUGCUAACCACAGAAAUUAUCAGGUUUAAUCAAAUUAAAUAAAACUCCUGAUCACUGAAAACCGUAGUCAGUUAGACUGGGAAUGCAGGGACGAUAUAAUGGCUGUUCCUGUGUGGGCUCUUUCCCUCCCGCUGCCUGCAGUCGUCAUGAUCGCUGUGGGGCUCUAUAUGAUUUUCCUUGCGACUGUGCUGUGGUGUCAUCACUGUCUCAAGGCCAAGUGUGAUCCUCAGUGUUCAGACUGCUGCGUGAGUUUCUCUCCUUGCGAGUACUGUUUAGUGUGUGCCCAGUCAUGUGACUGCCGUCCACCAUCUCUGCGAUCCUGUCUGGACUAUUCCUGCCCCUCCCCUAAUUGUGAGAUGUGGGAUUGUGCCUGUACCUGUCAGCCUCCAGAGUGUGACUCCAUCAACUGCUUCUGCUUUGAGAUCAAGUUUAAGUAGAAGGGUGGAUCCUCCUCACUUUAAAAGAUGCCUUUGAAUCUCCAACUCCAAGUGACACUUAUGUAUGUUUUAAGCUAGACAGAGAACUUGUGAUUUAGUCUUUGGCUGUUCUGUAAAGUUUGCAUAAUUUCUGAGAUAUUAGCACAUCCUUCCUAUUCACAGUCAUUGAUUUAACUAAAAUAAAGUUUGAGAUGUGCAUUUAUUGGGAAUAUACAUUGAUUAUUUGAAUCAUGUAUGACUAUUUUUUUCAUGCUUAAUUAAACAUCAUAUAUAUUAUAAGCACAAUACAUGCUAUUGUUGUAAAUUGGUUAUUGGACAUAUUUCAGUAAUACUGGGAUACCAAACUGCUGUAAUCACUGAAGUACACAAACAUUACAGUACAAUGGAAGACUGAUGCAAAAAGUAAUGGUUUUAUUUUUUAUGAAUGUGUAGCAUAUGGCUUUAAGAAGUGCCAUGAACUUUUAAAACGUUACGUUUGAAUGUAUUUUUACAUUUCAAGCACAAAAGGUCCUAUUUACGUAUUGGAUUUUUUUUUUUUUUUUUUUACAUUUAUGUACUUUUUUUGUUGUUUAUUUUUUCUAGUUUCCCAGUCAGCAAUAAUAGCUGGUGAGUUUCUCUUUAGCAGUUAUGUUUUUUGGUAUGAUGGAUAUUUGUUUACAUAUAGCUUAUUUCUGACUUCUGAAUUACCUUAUUUUAUUUUUUUUUUUUUUGUGAUACAUACUGUAAAAGUGUAAAAAAAAAAAAAAAAAAAAAAGGCUAGUUCCUUUAUUUACUAAUCUAAUUGUUUGCAGGGCAUCAUCCUGGUUGUUACAUAAGAAAUAUGUAUGAGUAUUGUAUUAUGUGAAAUAUGAUACAGUAAUGUAUUUGGCCAUAUUUUUUUAAUGCAGCCAACACACUUUUAUGUGACCUUUUUGUGACUUUUGAUGGUCCCUCUGUUGCCCUCUCUUGUCCCUCUGUUGUUGGUGUUUUUUUUUUUGUUUUUUUUUAUAAUUUUUAUAUAAAUAUGUCCUGUUUUUGUAAAUGGUUAGUUUUAAAAUGAAUUAAAGAUUUUCAUGAGGCUUUGUUUACAGAAGAGUUAUUAUCUAUCAGGCAUUGGUGGUGAGAUAUAAAACAUUCACUUUAAAAUUCUUUGUUGGAUUGUCUUGGAUUUUCUGCUUUAUUUUACUGUAUGAUAUAUGCAGUUGCAAAAAUAUUCAGUU